CUCUCCUCAUGACUAUACUACUGCUUGUUCGGUGUCGAGUGUCGACUUUGUGCUCGGCUUACUCACGUGCAUAACCAUACACUUUGUCCUUCGUUGCCGUUCGAUGGCACAAAAAGCUGGGUUGUAGAUCUCGACAUGCCACCAGCUCACGUCGCUCAUGCACCGUUCGAUCCCAGUCAAUUUAAUCCGAUUCUUUAAUCUUCCGCUUGGCAAAAUCCUGUGGGGGGAAGACGAGAUCGAACUCGACCCCACAGAUUCAUCGCGAUGUCAUCCGUUCUCAAUCCUCUCUACUCCGACCGAUUUCUGUACUCAAUACCAUCGUAGGACAUGCUACACGAAGUGCUCCCAACCAUUCAGCGCGUUCCCUCUCGUUCUCGAAACAUGUCUUGCAUCGGGCUUCUGGGUACUGCGUUGGCGCCUUUCCAGACCGCCCAGGAUCGCGAGGAUGUCCAAUGAACUCCGAUGCUGUGAUUCCAGACGAAUAAUGCACUGGCGAAAUGCGCAUUUCCACAGCAGAUCUUCAUUCGUCCGGCUCGCCAUCAAAUCUCCCCUCAUUGGCCGUUUUAGGGCUCUUCAUUUCGCCGGGCGUAUCUUCAAGGCCUCAAUGGUAAUCGUCCGAUGCUCUGAGGAAAUCCAAUCUUUGUCCCUGGCUGAUCCAGGCUUUGUCUCGUCCCUGUCCAUGCUGCUUUAUUCAUUUUACGGGGUUCAUCCUAGAUGGAUAUUGUGAUGAUCAUCCUUCGACACAUUCAAUGUCGAAAUGUCGAAUAGACCACUGCAUCACAGAUCUAUAUCACAGAGCCACUAUUAUAACCACCCCGAUCUUAGUCGGUUACUAGUGUACGCCCC